GGCGCCUCAUUUUUCCUUCCCAGCCUCCAUUGUUGAUGACAUCUACAGCAACUUCCUUCCGCGAAAUCCAAAAAUAGGCCGAUUGCUGGAGUUUUGUAACCUCGAGUGAGUCUGAAACUAGAGGGGUUCUGUGAUGGAUUAUGGGAAGGACAGGGUGGUGGCGCUGGUGGACAUGGACUGCUUCUACGUGCAGGUGGAGCAGCGGCUCAACCCCAGUCUGCGGGGCAGGCCCUGCGUGGUGGCGCAGUACAAGACCUGGAAGGGGGGCGGGAUAAUCGCCGUGAGUUACGAGGCUCGGGCACACGGGGUGACGCGGAACAUGUGGGCGGACGACGCCAAGAAGCUGUGCCCGGACCUGCUGGUGGCGCGCGUCCCAGAAUCCCACGGGAAAGCAGACCUCACGCGGUACCGGGAGGCGAGCGUUGAGGUGCUCGAGAUCAUGUCGCGGUUUGCCGUGGUCGAGAGGGCCAGCAUCGACGAGGCCUUCAUGGACCUGACCGCCAGCGUGCAGCAGAGGCUGAAGGCCAGGGAGGGCCGGGGCAUGGAGCCUGACCUGCUCAAGACCACCCACGUCCAGGGCUUCCCUCACACCGCAGCCCACCAGCAGGGGGCAGCAGAGGAGACGCCAGCAGAUAAAGAGGAGCGCAGGGCCCAGGGCCUGGGCCAGUGGCUGGGCUCCCUGUCCUGUGGGGGCCAGGCGGAGCUGCAGCUGGCCCUGGGGGCCCUGAUCCUGGAGGAGGUGAGGGCGGCCGUGGAGGAGCACACCGGCUUCAGCUGCUCCGCUGGGAUCGCCCACAACAAGGUGCUGGCAAAGUUGGCCUGUGGGCUGAACAAGCCAAACCGGCAGACCAUCCUGCCCCUGGACUCCGUGCCCGAGCUGUUCAGCUCUCUGCCCAUCGGGAGAAUCCGGAGCCUGGGUGGCAAGCUGGGUGUCUCGAUUGCUGAGACCCUGCAGGUGGAGAACAUCGGGGACCUGACCCGCUUCCCCCAAAGCCAGCUCAGCAAGCACUUCGGAGAGAAAACCGGUCGGUGGCUGUUUGACCUGUGUCGGGGCGUCGACUUUGAGCCAGUCAAACCCAGGCAGCUCCCCAAAUCAAUCGGCUGCAGCAAGAACUUCCCCGGGAAGAUGGCCCUGUCCACAAGAGAGCAGGUGCAGCACUGGCUGCAGCAGCUGGCUCUGGAGCUGGAGGAGAGACUGACCAAGGACAGAGAGAUGAACGGCAGGGUUGCCAGGCAGCUGACAGUGGGAGUGCGGCAGAUGGGGGAGGGCAGCAGUUUCUCUCGCUGCUGUGCGCUGUCACGCUACGAGGCCAGCAGGAUCAGCGGCGACAGCCUCGCCAUCAUCAAGAGCCUCAAUGCCGCCGGCAACCAGCAGGCCGCAUGGUCUCCGCCCCUCACCCUGCUCCACCUAUCGGCCGGGAAGUUCAGCGACGCUCCCGGCUCCUCGGCUGGGGGGAUCGCCGGCUUCCUGACCAGCGACGUCACCGCCUCGCAGAGCCCCGCCCCCUCCGCAUCCGCCACAGCCCCGCCCUCCAAUCCCAGCAGGCCGAGCGGCAUCCAGUCCUUCUUCCAGACGGAGAAGAAAGAGCCCCCGCCCCCAACAGACGAGGGCCAGUCCGAAUCUGCCACUUCAGCCCCUCCCACGAAGGCCUCCAUCUCCCCCAGAGCAGAGACCCCCAAAGCAGAGACCCCCAAAGCAGAGACCCCAAAAGCAGGCACGCACAGAACAGGGACCCCCAGAGCAGGGAUCUCCUUGUUCUUCCAGAGAAAGCGACUGGAGACCAGAGGGCUGGGCGGUGAGGAGGCUUCUGGGAUUGCUGGAGGGAACGUGGAGGUGGGCGCUGGGCCUGCGCUCUCCACAGAGGCAGGAGGUGGUGUGGGGGCGGCUGGAGGCGUGGGUGCCGGGGCAGGAGAGGAGAAGCCCCGCCUCCCUGCGGAGCGCAGCGCGGACGCAGACUCCCUGCGCUGUGAGCGCUGUGGCCAGCAGGUGUCGGCCUGGGAGAUGCCCGAGCACACGGACUACCACUUCGCCCUGGACCUGCAGAAAGCCUUCUCCUCCUCCUCCUCCUCCUCCUCCCCCUUGGGGCCAAAUUCAGGGCUGGCUCCUCGGCCCUCGCUGAGCGCCGGGGCCCUCCAGGCGUCUCGCGGUCAGACUAAACGCAAGCGGCCGGCGGGGCCCCAGCCCAAGAGGCCCAAAUCUCAGGGCCCCUCCUCCACCCUGGACUCCUUCCUGAAGAGGAAUUAACCGGCCCCCAGCCCCGCACCCCUGGGGGGAGUGACUGCUGCACUCUGAUUGGAGGAGCCUUUUCCAGCCGCUAACGAGCUGUCAGCUCAGCUAUAGCUUGACAUUUAAUCACAUUUGAAUCUUUAAAUAGUGAGAGUGGAGGCUUCAGCUCCUCUCCGUGAAGCCCAUUGGAUUACCCAUGCCACCAGUUCCAUUACAAAUGAUUUUUCUCAUUUUUAAAGUUCAUAUACUGUGUAUUCAACAUGCCAAUAACUUUUAUUGACACCUUGGUCAUCUUAAUCACCCCAGCCACAGGAAGUGGGACUCUCUAGAAGGAGAGAGAAAUAUUUCUGCAAUUAUGUAUUCAUUAAAAUGUCUAGUAAUAA